CGAUCGAUAUGUUUAAGUUCCUUUUGCCUGACAUGUUACUGCCUUCACACUACUUUCCGCGGACAUUCCUUCAAGUAGGCUAUAUUAACUUACAAAUCACCCGGCAGAAUCCCAGACAACGAUGCUUGCUGGAACAGUGCCAACCACUGACGAAGGGGUCGUCGAUGCAGUAUGUGAUGCUUAUAGCUCCAUUGCGAGAGACGGCACACACACGGAAUAUGCUGAAGCAGUCGCAAAGGCAUUCGGAUACACCGUGGAACAACUGAAGUCCAUCCCAGCGGACUCGCACAUGGGACUCAGUUGUGGGAAUCCUGUGGCCGUGGCGUCCAUAAAAGAGGGAGAAACCGUUCUUGACUUGGGCUCUGGUGCUGGCAUAGAUGUCCUCCUUGCAGCCCAGAAAGUUGGUCCCAAGGGGCAGGCCAUUGGUCUGGAUAUGUCAAUAGAUAUGAUUAAUCUAGCGCGCAAGAAUGCCACUCAGCAAGGGUAUAGACCACCUCAGGUAGUCUUUAUCCAGACGAAGCUGACGAAGCCCCUACCUGUGGCAACUGCAUCAGUGGACUGCAUCUUGUCCAACUGUGUUAUCAAUUUGCUUCCUGAUACAGGAAAGGCAGCCCUUAUGAAAGAGAUUUAUAGGGUCCUCAAACCUGGUAGCCGUCUUGUGGUUGACGAUAUCAUCGCAAGGAAACCAUUUCCGGAUACCGUCCGGUCCGAUCUUUCCGCCUACAUCGGAUGCAUAUCCGGGGCGCUUCAAUUGGAGCAGUACAGAGCUCUUAUGAAGGAUGCUGGGUUUACGGAUGCAUUCUUUGUCGAGACAGGGGGCGAUCUUGAAGUGUAUAAAGCCGCUGGACCCACUGGUGGUGAUGCGCCAACAUCUGACCCCUCAACCAAAUGCUGUGUGGCCACUGCCAGUCCUCUCCCUCAGACUACCAUCGGGAACCUCAACGAAUGGGCUGCUUCAUACCAGAUAUACGCAAAGAAAGUCUCCUCGGAUAAUGAACCCGCGGACAAAUCUCCUCCAGCACUUAAUCGAUGGUGGGAUGCAUAUCCGAAAGAUAGUCUGGCUUCCGAUGAAGUUGCAAGUCUGCUUCGCGACCCGGAACGUUCAGACUAUGCGAUUAUCGACGUUCGGGAGAAUGAUCGUGUUGGUGGUCACGUUCUGGGAAGCGUUCAGUGGCGAGCGGACGAAUUCGCUGGCUCACUAGACAAGUUUUAUGACGAGUACGGCAAGACUGAGCAGGUGAUCUUUUACUGUGGGAGCUCCAAAGGCAGGGGAUCUCGAUGUGCUGCUUGGUAUCAAGAUUAUCUCAAUGGCAAAGGUCAUACGGAGUCGAAAGCUUGUGUUCUAGAAGGCGGAUACCACGGAUGGAGAUACCCUGACCUAGUGGAUGGAGCAAGCAGUCUGUGAAAGGCUAGAUACAUGUACGGAAUAUAGGGUUUCAAUGCUGAUGGUGACAGUAAAACUUAUUCUCUGCUGCUAGCAUCUCAGUCUAAGUGUGUAUGAGGACUACGAUCGCGAGUGAUUUAUGCGACAUGUAAAUGCGAGUUAAAUCGUAUUCGGUUCUGCACAACGAAUGCCAGUCAAUGACGCAACCACGUAUC